AUGUUCGAAAGGACCAACAACAACUGGUGGAACAACAACUGGAGAAACAACAUCCACAGGAGGACAAACAACCACUGGAGGAUCAAUAAGCACUGGAGUAUUAUCAACCACUGGAGGGUCAACAACCACUGGAGGACAAACAACCACUGGAGGAUCAACAACCACUGCAGUACCAACAACCACUGGAGGAUCAACAACCACUGGAGGAUCAACAACCACUGCAGUUCCAACAACCACUGGAGGAUCAACAACCACUGCAGUACAAACAACCACUGGAGCAUCAACAACCACAGCAGGGUCGACAACUACAGGAGGAUCAACACCCACUGGAGGAUCAACAACAACUGGAGGAUCAACAACCACAGGGGGAUCAACAACCACAGGAGGAUCCGUAUCGACUGCAGGAUCAACAACCACUGGAGGAUCAACAACCACUGGAGGAUCAACAACCACUGGAGUAUCAACAACCACUGGAGGAUCAACAACCACUGGAGGAUCAACAACAACUGGAGUAUCAUCAACGACUACACAGAGUACAACAACAGGAGUAACAACAACAACAGGAGGAUCAACAACCACUGGAGCAUCAACAACAACAGGAAUAUCAAUAACAACUGGAGGUUCAACAACCACUGAAGCCCCAAUAAUUACCCGUCCAGUUUUUGUUUUCACCGCAGUGAUAAUACAGAUAUUUAUUCCUGCUUAUAAUGAUAAUACCUCAUCCGCAUAUCAAGCACUUGAGACCGAAGUUGUGAUAACGUUUAACGCAAUCUACACAGCUCAAUUUGGCGACCGGUUCAUUCGGACAAUUGUCAUCGGAUUCAGGAUCCCUGCGACUCGAUCGACCAAUACUGAAGCAGAAGUAGAGCUUGAGUUUCAGCCAACUACUUCGUCACAACCGAUCCCACAGGCUGACGAUGUUCGAAGUACCCUGGUCGAAGGACUGAACAACCCAAACAUAACCUCUAACCUCACUGUAGAUGCGACAACCAUUACGAUCACAAAAACUCCAACUACUACAACAACUACCAGUUCACCAACGACUACUGCUGGAUUAUCAACAACCACUGGAGGUUCAACCACCACAGGAGGAUCAACAACCACUGGAGGAUCCACAAUGACUGCAGGACAAACAACAACGGCAGGAUCAACAACCACUGGAGGAACAACAACAACUAGAGGAUCAACAAUGACUGCAGGAC